AGCGACAAUCUCAAGAUGCCACGUGAAAAUGGCACCGGAGCGAAGGAGGGCGAAGACGAGCGGAUGCUGAACGGGGGCAGUGUGGAGGGGGUGGCGGGCGGAACCGAACCCACCGAGAAGGACAAACUCGCCCAAAAGGAGGUGGAGGUGAAGUUUAUCCCCGCACAAAACGGGGACGCUUGUAUUGACAUGCAGAUGGAGAGUCAGCAAGCGUUUUCCGGCAUGACCAAGGAGGAGCUGAUGAAGUACGCCAACGAUCCGUUCUGGGUCCGGUUGCGCUGGCUGCUGUUCGUCCUUUUCUGGGCAUUGUGGGCCGCCAUGUUGCUCGGCUCGUUUUACAUCAUCUACGAUGCGCCGAAGUGUGCCGCCCCGGUUCCAUUGUCCUGGUGGCAGGAAGGACCACUCGUCGAGAUCGAUGGUGAGCGGUACACGGAACAGCUGGCAGAGGUGGAGCGGUUCGGUGCGAAGGGUGUCAUCUAUCAGCUUUCUGCCGAUGAGACGUACUUGGUGGAAACGGCCGCCGUCGAGAGCAAGUUGAAGCCGAUGGUUAGCGUUUUCCGCUCGAAAAACAUCAAGUUGGUGGUCGACAUUACGCCCAAUUUCGUCACAAAGAACGACUCACUCUUCCUGGAGGCACUGCAGAAGCCAGAUAGUGCGGCUCACGCCGCUUUCGUGUGGAGAGAUAUUGGCCUAACGCCACCAAACUGGCUGUCGAUCGCUGAAGAAGGUAGCGCGUGGAAAAACGCCUCCAAUGGCCAGUACGUGCUGUCACAGUUUGGCCCCGAACGGUACGAUCUGCAGAUGAGCGCACCGGCGGCACGUGACAAGCUGAAAGGAACCCUGCGCGCUCUGCUCGACCUAGGUGUCCGGGGUAUACGGUUGGCCAACGCCAAACAUCUGCUUAUCAACCCCGACGGUGGAAAUGAAUCACCGCUCGCUCUCGAGGAUGCGGAUAAGUCCUUGACCCACACCGAUUACGGUUUCUGGACGCACCGUGAGACGACGUACCGGGAAGGGUUAGGUGAGCUGUUCCGGGAGCUAACCGAGCUCGUGCACGAACAAACGGCCGGUGAAGGAUUCCUCUCGGUCACCGAGGACAUCCUGCGUCCGGAGGUGUUUGCCGUUAACGGCACGUUGCCGAUUGAUGCGCCACUCUACGGUAAUAUCGAGUUCGAUCUGCGUGAAGGAACCGGUCCGGAUGUUGCCCGAAAGUUGCGUCAUGACAUCGCGAAUGCGUAUCUAACAAUCAACGAGUACCGGGCGUUGGGUGCUUUUGUGAAGCCCUGGUUGCAGCUGCGUUACGAUCGCGCUUCAUUGGAACACGUGCCUGCGUCGGAGUACACCGUGUUUCACUUCCUUUUGCCGGGUGUUCCUGUGUUCCCGUUGGACGUGUUGACGAAGGGUGGUGUGACGCAUGAGAGCGUUGAAGCACUGGAACGGUUCCGCAGUUCGCCAUCCUUCCAGCACGGUCUGUUCAACGUGUACAAUGACGCAAACGUUUCCUCGAUUGCGUACACACGGCUAAAGUCCGGUAACCCUGGGUAUUUCGUCGUGCUGAAUCUCGAACAGGACGAACAGAGGACCGUUGAUUUCCGAGGCAUUGAUGGCAUUGGGAACGAGCUGACGGUGGUUCUGACGAGCCAAAACUAUGCUGUCCCGAACGUGGGUGUCAAGAGUAAGGUGCCGGUUGAAGCAAUUCCGCUAUCACCACGAUCCGCUUUAGUCGCCACCUACGUUCCGACCAAGUAAGGAUGGUCCUGGUAACCGGCAACGCAUCGAACAACCUUUGAACAUUGAAAAAUAUACAUGUAGCGUGUGUCUGUGUGCUUUAAUUCCCCGCUUCAAACGGCUAACGCGGUCAAACGUGUCCGACGCCAUUACUCAUUUGCUCCACCUCAGUCAGCUGUACCGGCAUGGAACGGUAGCUGUGGAAAGCUAUAUGUACGCUUAAAUAAAACAACCCCUUUAAUUGCAUUA